ACUUCUGUCUUCAGUAACACAAGACUUUAAGUUCCCACUAAGCCAUCAUGCAUUUGUUUGCUGAAGCCACUACUAAAUUCACACUUGAGCUGUACAGGCAGCUCAGAGAAUCAGACGGCAACAUCUUCUAUUCCCCAAUCAGCAUUAUGACAGCAUUAGGAAUGCUCCAGCUUGGAGCCAAAGGAAACACUGAACAACAAAUUGAGAAGGUUCUUCAAUUCAAUGAAACUAGAAAGAAGACAACAGAAAAAUCUGCAGAAUCUCAUGGUAAAGAGAAUGUGCAUGAACAAUUUCAAAAGCUUAUGACUCAGUUAAACAAAUCCAAUGAUGCUUAUGACCUGAAGGCUGCCAACAGUAUCUAUGGAGCGAAGGAUUUCCCAUUUCUCCAGACAUUUUUGGAAGACAUUAAGAAAUAUUACCAAGCUAAUGUGGAAUCACUUGAUUUCAUACAUGCAGCAGAAGAAAGCCGAAAGAAGAUUAAUUCCUGGGUGGAAAGCCAAACAAAUGGAAAAAUCAAAGACUUAUUUCCUAGUAAGAGCCUGAACAGUAGCACUAGACUGGUUCUGGUGAACGCAGUGUAUUUCAAAGGACAAUGGAAUCACAAAUUUGAUGAAAAGGAAACCACAGAAGAAAAGUUUUGGCUGAACAAGAAUACAAGUAAACCUGUCCAAAUGAUGAAACAAAGAAACAAAUUUAAUUUCAUCUUUCUGGAGAAUGUGCAAACCAAGAUUGUGGAAAUACCAUACAAAGGCAAAGAGCUAAGUAUGUUUGUCCUGCUGCCAGUGGAAAUUGAAGGUCUGAAGAAGCUUGAAGAACAACUCACUGCUGAUAAGUUACUAGAGUGGACAAGACCAGAAAACAUGCAUAUGGUCGAGUUGUAUUUAUCUUUGCCUCGGUUCAAAGUGGAAGAGAAGUAUGAGCUCCUAGCUCCGUUGAAACACAUGGGCAUGGUCGACGCCUUUGAUCCACAGAAGGCUAACUUCUCCGGCACGAGCAGCACUCAAGGUCUCGUGGUGUCUAAACUGAUACACAAGUCCUUUGUGGAGGUAAAUGAAGAGGGAACAGAAGCUGCCGCUGCCACAGGGGUGGAAUCCCGCUUAUUAUCUGCCCCAGUCUUCCAAUAUUUUUCUUGUAAUCACCCUUUCCUAUUUAUCGUGAAGCAAAACAAGACCAACAGUAUCCUCUUUUUUGGCAAAAUGUCUUCCCCCUAAGUGCAGUGACUCUGGCAUGUGUCCAGAAAGUUAAAAAAGUUAUUGUAGCUAGUUUAGGCCUGGGAACAGGUUCUCUUGCUUCAUUUUCUUUCCCAUCUCAAUAUCCCUGCUAAGAAUGCAUUAGUUGGGGCAGGAUAGCUCUAUUAUCUCUAUUUUUCUUUCUUUUCUUCUUUUUUGUAUACAUCCAUACAAAUCUGGUUUCUCUGUAUAAAGAUUCUCUGGGGAAAAAUGUUCAACAUAAAGAUGAAGGGGUGUUUUAAUUAGAAGUUGUCUUCUAAUCUAGCUUGUAUCUGUGACCUGUGUUAAGUAAGCUAGAGAAAAUCAUACCUUCUUUUUAAUUUGAUUAAUAUAAACAUCUACAUUGCUUUAGGAGAUAUCUAGACACUUCAUAAGCUUAUAAAUUUUGUGAUUUUUACAAGACACAUUUUCAAUAAAAUAAUGAUCUUUCAACUU